UCGAACCCCGCCACGAGCCGCUAUCGCGCCAUCCGUAACGACAAAACCACCAACUUCCACCACCGUCUCUCACGCCGCAUACCAUCGCCACGACCCAACUCGACUUCGCCACAAUCACGAUCACAAAACGAAUUGCCACCAUGGCUGCAGGUUCUCAGGUGCACGGCGUGGACACAGAGCAAGCCUUCAACAAUGCCAUCGCAGAGCUUCCAGGAACCACUCUGGCAGUGAUUUACUUCCAUGCGCCAUGGGCCGAGCCAUGCAAGCAAAUGUCCACCAUCCUUACUACUCUCGCAUCGACCUACGAACCAACGACACCUCCCCGGAUAGCGUUUCUGAGCCUGGACGCUGAGGAAUUGUCGGACGUCAGCGAACGCUACGAUGUGACGCAAGUACCACUCGUGGUCUUGCAGAAAGACGGCAAAGUUUUGGAGCAAAUCACCGGCACAGAUGCAAACAAGGUCAGGACAGCAGUUGAGAGACAUAGCGGAGGUGAUGGCAAGGGCGCUGGUGGACUGCCUCCCAAGCAGAACGUCACGAGACAGGAGCAGGAUCGCGAUACAGCAAUGGGAGGAACCAGUGCUUCAAAUGGCGAUCUAUCACAAUACAAGCCCGGAGCAAACGAACAGCAGACGGCGCCGCAGAGCACAGAAGGACAUGUGAGUGGCGAGCAGAGCAAAGAGGACCUGAACAAGCGGCUAGGCGAGCUGGUCAAGGCCGCGCCAGUCAUGCUUUUCAUGAAGGGCACUCCAUCGGCUCCACAGUGUGGAUUCUCAAGGCAGACCGUCAGCAUUCUUAGGGAGAAGGGCGUACGAUAUGGCUUCUUCAACAUUCUGGCCGACGAUGAAGUGAGACAAGGCCUCAAGGAGUUCAGUGACUGGCCUACUUUCCCUCAGGUCUAUGUCGAUGGAGAGCUAGUCGGUGGACUUGAUAUUCUGAAAGAAGAAUUCGACAGCAACCCGGAGUUCAUGCAAGAAUAUGCUGUCAAGAAGGGUGGUCCUGGCGUGACUGCAUGAGUCUCAUAUUGAGCUCUUCACUCUUGUCAAUAUUGAUAUAAACGACAGUCCUUUGGGCCCUGCUACUCCCCAUCGCGCGAUGCUCUACAUUUUCAGUCGCGCAUCUUGCCAACUUCGGCCAGACAACAUGCCGUGUGUGUCUAUACACGUAGCCCUGUGUCGAGGGAGAAUUUCUCGCAGGCCCUCAUGUGAAAUUUGGCUGUCGAUCACAAGCCUGUAGGCAGUGUCAACAUGCGUCCUGCAGGGCAGAUGGCUGGGAGCGACCAUGCACGUGGGACGAGGGGCUUUUUACCUAGGGCAAAGUAGUCAUGCAUAGUCGGAGUGUGGUGCAGAUAGCGCUAGAUGGAGACGUGGGGUUUCCCGGCAAUACGAAGUGACGAUAACAAUCAAAGCUU